UGGCUUGCACACAGGCACACACACUCUCGCCGGCAGAGUCUGAGCGGCAGAGCUCUGGAUGCAGACAGCACUGCGGGGCAGACAGCAUGGUUACAGCGAGCAGCAGUGGAGCGUGCAGUCUCUCCAUGUAGCCCAGUACGAUUGGCUUGUGGGGGGGUGUCAGAGGAGUAGUAGCAGCAGACGGAGCCAGUGUCUGGGGGGCUUGUCUCCGUUUCCAUAUUUACAGUAGAAGAAGAAACCAAGAACUUUUUUUCUUCUAUUCAUUCGACACUCUUCUUCCGGUUUUUUUAUUUUAUUUUAUUUUAUUUUUUAACUUUUCUCGUUUUGUUUACUUGUACGUUUUAGUUUGUUUUUUUUUUUGUUUUUUUAUUUACUUCUUUUUCCCGCGGUGGGUCUGGGUCACUGGGUGCAAGGAAGAAGGGCUGCAUGCAUGACACUCCGCAAAGGCGAGAAGACGACCAUCAGCAUCCAGGAGCACAUGGCCAUUGAUGUCUGUCCUGGCCCCAUCCAGCCCAUAAAACAGAUCUCUGACUACUUCCCCCGCUACCCGCGGGGUCUCCCCCCUGCAGCUCCCCCCGCCCUCAGCCGUGCUGGCUCCCUGCGUUCCUCCGCCAGCCAGCAGUCGGAGGGCCUCUCCUCUGACCAGGCCCACGAUGAAGACGACCUGGAUCGGGCCUUCGGGGCUGCCGCACCCCCGCUCAGCAAGAAGGAAGAGGAGCCCGACGUGGAAGGAUACGACUCCGAUGAUUCCACUACACUGGGAACCUUGGACUUUAGCCUUCUGUACGACCAGGAGAACAAUGCCCUCCACUGCACCAUCAACAAAGCUAAGGGGCUCAAACCAAUGGAUCACAAUGGACUCUCAGAUCCUUAUGUUAAACUGCACCUGCUGCCUGGAGCCAGUAAGGCCAACAAACUCCGCACAAAGACCUUGCGCAACACCCUAAACCCUGUCUGGAGUGAGACCUUGACAUACUAUGGCAUCACUGAUGAAGAUAUGGUUCGAAAAACACUCAGGAUUUCAGUGUGUGAUGAGGACAAGUUCCGCCACAAUGAGUUCAUCGGAGAGACUCGGAUCCCGCUGAAGAAACUCAAGCCCAACCAAACUAAGAACUUCUAUAACUGCCUGGAGAAACAGCUGCCUAUUGACAAGACUGAUGACAAGUCUUUGGAGGAGCGUGGCCGCAUCAUGAUCUCCCUCAAGUACAGCUCCCAGAAAUCUGGUCUGGUCGUGGGCAUUGUUCGUUGUGCCCACUUGGCCGCCAUGGACGCAAAUGGCUUCUCUGACCCUUACGUCAAAACGUACCUGAAACCUGAUGAAAACAAGAAGUCAAAGCACAAGACUGCCGUCAAGAAGAAGACUCUCAACCCUGAGUUUAAUGAGGAGUUCUUCUAUGAAAUCAAGUAUGCCGAGCUCAGUAAGAAGACCCUGGAGGUGACAGUGUGGGAUUAUGACAUUGGAAAGUCCAAUGACUUCAUAGGCGGAGUUUCCCUGGGGAUUAAUGCCAAUGGAGAGAGGCUGAAACACUGGUUUGACUGUCUCAAAAAUAAGGACAAAAAAAUUGAGCGCUGGCACACACUGACCAAUGAACUGCCUGGAUCUGUGUUCAGUGACUGAAGGCACCCCCGUUACACCACCUCUGUUCCCCAGCCCCCAACCUCCAAUCCCCUACUCCCAACCUUUGUGGCUAAAUCGCCCUCUGGCCUGAUCUGGGUGUGGCUCAGCCUUGAUUGACAAUUGCAUUCCUGCUCAUGAUUCUCAUUUUAGAGACGGGUACCAGAUCUGCCUCUUCACUCUCUCAAGGUUUUGUCUGUAUCUGUUAUUGGUGUUGAGCUCUAAUGAGAAUUCAUUUUUUCAUUUGAGAUUCAUUUUCAUAACGCGAUGUAGCUUAUGGGUCAAUGAGAAAAUGAAUCUGGGAAAAGAGUGGAAGGGGAUUUAUUCAGUGUGUUUCAAGAUCAAAGAAUAACAACUUUCUGAGCAGAGAGUGCUGGCAGCAUAUCCCACAAUGCUUUCCAUGUAAAAUAUAAUGUCAUUUUUUCUGCCACAAUCCACAAAUGUGCGCAUUAUCAAGUGAAAUUAUGCUUCUGUAAAACUAAAUCAAAAUGCAAGACUACAAAAACAAUUAGAUUAAAAUGAAUGGGUAAAAAUGGGAAGAUCAGUUUAUUUUUGAUGUCUUGCUGAGCUUGUGAGUAGUACAUCUAAAAUCACAAAGAUAACAAAACAGACAUAAUUUCGCAAUCUGUAGCUUUACACGCAAGUCGUUGUGGGAUGUGAGUCAGCACUCAUUUAUGCACUCCCAAAAGACCUAGACACACACACGCACGCAAGAACACGCACGCACACAAGACUGAGAAAUUAAGUUGUGCUAGUUUUGUAUGGCCUUUAAUUCCAUAGGCACAUCACACUAUUUGGAGGUCAAAUAAUCAAGCCGCUUCAAAGCUUUUAAAAAUCACGUUCUAUCUUGUUGUUUAUACGUUUCAAAUUUUUUCUGACUAGUGUAUUGUGUAAAACACCCCAGCCAGUUCAUCAAAUGAAUGUGCAUUAUUGACAAGUCACUUCAGGGGAACGUUUCUAAGAAUGUCCACCUAAGUGCUGUGCUAACAAACAAUGUUCCAUAAAAGUUAGCCAUUUCAGGGUAUGUGAAAAGCCGAUCGACAUUUAAGUGGUAAGUACAGUAUGGGGCGAAAGGGGGAAUAACCUUUAAACAAAAUGUUAAUGGCUUCCUGUGAUGCUUUGGAACAACAACAACCCUGCUGUCUGAAGAGAUCAUUAAAGAUAGUUUUUUUUGUUGUUGUUGUUUUAUCAUAUCCAAUAAUCUGUAAACUUGGAAAAAUUGUUACAAGCAAGGAAUUUAAUUGGCACUUUAAAUGUUCAUCAACAGUGCUCACAGAUUUAUCACAAGUUUUUUUUCCAUUCUUCAACACCCUUUCACUUCCAUUGCCUAAUAAUUUAUUGGCCCUUGUGUAAACUUUUGUAAUGAAAGAUAGACUCUUAUUAUCACAUAAAUAAUUCAGUUUCUCUCAUUAAUUGAAUAUACUACAAUCUUUUAUGUUUGGCGUCAUUGGCUUUUAAUUGAAGUUUAAGGGCUAUAUUUUAACGAUCUAAGCGCACGGUCUAAAGCGCAUGGUGCAAGUGCAUUUCGGGCCAAAUCCACUUUUGCUAGUUUAAUGGCGGAUAAUCUGAGUGCAAAGUAAGGCGUGAGGUUCAAAGGGAUUGUACUUAGUCUCUUAAUUAAUCAUAGAUGUGUUUUGGGCAUAACAUGAAAUAAACAAAUCAGAGUGUCAUCUCCCAUUCCCUUUAAAAGCCAGGUGCACUUGCACCUUGGCGGAUUGCUAUUAUAAUGGCGAAUUUGCCAAGUAGUAGGAAAGAACGGAUCUGCUCAUGCGCAAAGUGAAAGCGAAGUGAAGUGAAAGAAGUAUUAUCUAAAUAACGCGCCCUUAAAAUAACAGUAAAUAACAGUAAAAUACUGCGCCAUUGACUUAAGAUCAGGUUUUUGUUGGUCAAUCGCGCAAUCACUUUCCGCUGCCUCAAGAUAGCAAUGCGCCAACAAUGCGCCUGACCACACCUCAUUUUAAGACCAACACGCCUCUGGGCGCUCAGAUGGGUGCAAGUACAUUUGCUAUUUAAACAACGUGGGCGCUGGAGGGGAAAAUGACAACUGCGUCGGUCUGAAACUCACAAAGACACUUGCGUUGCGCUUGGCGCCGCUUUGCGCCGGGUGUAAGAUAGAGCCCUGAACCUCAUUCUGUAUGUAUCAACACCACAGGACAUAAUAGACAUUCACUAUAUUUUCCUUGUCACCUCCAAGAAUUGUCAUAUUUGUUUUAUGAAAACCUGAGAUUUUCCCUGCUCUCUUAUACCAGGACUGUGGUGAGACUGCUUGUUGAGAAGGUGAUUUGUCAGUGGGCAUAUUGGGUGCCCAACCUUUUCUUCUCUGCCAAUCACUGUGGUCAGGAACUCUAUCCUGCCCUACCCUUUCCUUCAGCCCUGCCCCUUUCUUGCAGGAGAUGUCAUUCAGGCCACCUCACCUAGGCAGGCUUUCUCUCUCGCUGCCACGUUUGUGAAUUUUUUUGCAAUCUGUUUGCCUUUGUACUCAACCUCUAUAUUUAUGAAAAAAAAAAAUGCAUGCGGAUGUUCUCGGUUUGUCAUGAACUGACUUUGCUAUAUGUUUGAUACUGCUGUUUUUUCUGUGAAAAAAAACCUACUCUGGAUGCUACAAGAAUGUCAGUCUUUCUUCUAGGAGAAAACUUUUUGUACCUCUGAACGCUAUCGCAUUGCCCGUCAGGUUGCUGUAUUGACUGGAGAUGUGACUGCAUGUCAAAAAUUCUGUCUCCAUUUUGUUUUUCAACACUCAGGCAAUUGAUUGCAUAUUUUGGUGGUUCUCCAAAACAGAAAAUAAAGUAUACCAGUGUUUCACCUGACUCUUGCACCAAACGGCCGAAUUAUCGUGCCUUUUCUUUUGUAACUGUAUUUUUCGCACCGCUCACUUUACCAAGUUCCCUCAAUCAAUAUUAGCUUUUGUUAUCUAAAUGAUUCAUUUGGCAGAUUUAUACUCCUGUCAGUACGUUAUUGUCCAAUAUUGUAGUUUGAAUUGUGAGUACCUCCCACUUGGUGACACAUGGCCAGUGUGUGGUUGUGCUGUGUGAUGGUGAAGGCAGGAGUGCAAGGCUGAGGUGAAAGGCUGUCCCAGGUGAGGAGAGGCAAGAAAAAAAAGCAGAUCCCGGUUUCUGGUAGGGGCAAGCGGGACGGCAACAAGAUGGCUGCAUGGAAAUUCGUGACAGAUAUGCCAGUCUGCCAUCAACAUGGCCGUCAAAGUUUACAAUCUGCUGGUGUCAUGCUUAUUUAGAUUGUUCAAAAGUCACGUAGAAGUAGCUUAGAAGUGCACAAGAAAGGUUUUGAAUUUGUGCAUAUUUUGUUUUAAGUAUUUUCACCUUGUGGUCAAUAAUAGUUGUGACCAGAGUUUCAGUCAGCCAGAGCCCAAGUCCAGAUAUGGGGAGAAUAAGAAGACUUACUGAAAGUGACUGUCAUUCUCUGGGCUUCAUUUCCUUGAAUAUUCGAUAGCAGAACUAGCUGACUAAACAAAUUUUAUUCCAUUAUCAGAUCCAUCCAAACAAUAAAAGGAAGCACACUCAGUAAUGGUAAGUGCAGAGGUUUUUUUUUUUUUGCUCUAAUGGAUCUCCAGCCAUUUAAAUUAAUUUAUUAAAGUGAUGUGGAAAGUGUUUAUUGUUUUUAGUGUAUUUAUGAUUAAUUUGCUAUCACUGUUCAGGAUAAAGAUUGUGCUCAAUGGAGAUUGUCAGCCAUUUGAGGUUGUAAAGAGGUUAUGUGCAUGUAUCCCUCUCUUUACAUCAAACUUUAUGGGAAUGUAAGUUUAAUUUUCAUUUCAUCACAUGCUUACUGGUGCCCAGUUUCAGAUUAUUUAUAUAUUCAAGUCCUGUUGUGUUAUUGUCAAAAAUGGAAGUGCAAAUAUGCACUAUCAGAAACCGGAAUUUUGCUUUGUUUUGUUUACUUUUUUAAUGUUUGAGUAUUAUAUCCAAAGUGUGUUUUUUACUAUGGCGAAUGGUGUGCUAUUUGUAUUGUAUAAAACUGGAAAUCCGCGUUCAAUAAAGUAGAGAACUCACCUUGGUAGGUUUCAUUUCCUACCAGUGAACUGUCAGUUAUUUAAUGGCUCACAUGUCAACCUACAUCACUAGUGGUGGUAGUAUUCAUAACGUGAAUGCCUCUUUCCAGAUGCACAUUGAUGUAAGGAACAUGAAUUUACCAUAAUCUUUUGUGUCAUUGAGAAUAACUUUUGAAAUAAAGAAAUGAAAUGGA